AUGGUUUUAGGUUCCAGGCGUUUUAAACUGCGGUUGGGAAUGUAUUUCAUUCGCCUGAUUCCACGUGUUUGUCGUCCAUCUGUCAGCAGAGGCAUUUCCACCUCCUCAAAUCUGUGUGCGGAGCUUUACCUUACUUUUGCGUGCCCACGUUCUGUCUUUUACAGCAAUGUCGAGGUUAAGCAGGUAGAUGUACCUGGUAGUUCUGGCGCCUUUGGUAUUCUUCCGGAGCAUGUACCUACUAUUGCUACCCUUCGUCCUGGGGUUGUUGGCGUGACUGAGAAGGAUGGCGGUGUUAAGAAAUAUUUUGUUAGCAGUGGAACGGUUACAGUCAACGCUGACUCUACUGUCCAGGUUUUGGCUGAAGAAUGCUUCCCUUUGAAGGAAAUAGACGCUCAGCUGGUUCGUGAUAACUUGGCUAAAGCUCAGUCCCAACUCUCUUUGGCUUCAACAGAAGAAAAAAAGGUUGAGGCCCAAAUUACAAUCGAGGCUUAUGAGAGUAUGCUGGCUGCUUUGUAA